AUGGAGAAAUUAAUUUUCUGGUUUUUGACAUGGACUUCCUGUCGAUGGCCUACCAUUGGAUGGACUUCCUCUAAAUGGUCUUCCUGUCGAUGGCUGCCUCUAAAUGGUCUUCCAGUAGAUGGACUUCCUCUGAAUGGCCUGCCAUUAGAUGGACUUCCUCUGAAUGGCCUGCCAUUAAAUGGACUUCCUCUAAAUGGCCUGCCAUUAAAUGGACUUCCAGGACUGGGAAAUUUAGGAAGUUUGCUUGGUGGACUUCCAGGAUUGGGAAAUGCUGGAAAUUUACUUGGUGGAUUGGGAGGACUAACUAGUCUUUUGUCAGGCUUGCCGGCACUGGGUGGACUAGGAGGACUUCUUUCCGCAUUGAUUGGUGCAUUAAAUGCAGUUCCUGGCUUAAACCAACUAAUUAAAAUGGUAUUGGACAUUGUGGUUGCUCUACUACAAGGCAUUGCAAAUCUAACAGGAGUAGAUGCUCUAAAACUAUUAUCAAGUAUUCCAAUAAUUGGCCCACUUGUCUGUGGACUUUUACAAUUACCUGGAUUAUCAGGCGGUCUGUUCGGCGGUGUUCCUGGACUAGACGCUGUAACUGGAUUGUUGGGAGGAGCAGGUGGUUCUCCGCUUUCUGCUUUGGGUGGAUCUUCUCCGCUUUCUGCUUUGGGUGGAUUAACUGGUGGUGGCUUCACCUUUCUGCUUUGGGUGGACUAUAACUGGUGGUCUCCACUUUCUGCUGUAGGUGGCCUAACUAACUCCGUUCCAAAUGUGGGAGGUGGAAGUGGAGGAAAUGGAGGAGGAGGACUCAUUAAUAUUCACGAUAAUGACUUCAGCAUAAUCAAAAUCGUUAUCGGAGGAAGAUAG